AUGGCUUCUACGCGGGAGCCUGUGGACUUUGGGCAACACUAUGCUGUCCUGAAUCUUGAUUGGGUUGGUCUUCUGAUAAAGGCUAUUGAGCAUACGCCGGAAGGAGGGUCGAUGAUUUCAAGCUGCUCCAAAUGGAAUGAUGCCGUGCAUUCCAAAAGCAACCGCCCUCUCACCGUCUUCACAACUCUCACAUUCAAUCGUGGCCAGCCAGAACUCGAGGCCAACAAGCCCUUUGCCAGACUCAUCAGUUCAUCUUGUUCCUUUGAAAACGGAACCCCUGGAGUCGAUAUUGAUCCGCGUUUUACAGUAGACGAGAAAGAUGUCGUGCUUUGGAAAACUAGGUGGUCAGCUACAACUGGCAACAGCCUGGAGCAAAUCCUGAAAGCGUAG